UUCUUCCUGGUUUUAUUGGUAAACUGGAGUGGCGUUAGCACAUUUUGUUUCCAAAAAAAGCCAGUUAAGUAAUACACUACAGUUAACACUGGAAGCUCGACAUGCAAAAACAUCUUAAGGAAGAAGAUGGACCUCUUCCACUGUCGUCUUUGCGUCUUUUUGUUCCUCCACUGCGUCUGGCGUCUGCAGCUCUGUGGCAAGUUGUUCAGCGGAGAGACAUAAUGGACUAUGGCUUGGUGGAGGAGUUUGUCACCACUGUGUUGGAGGUAGUUCCUGAUCUGAUGAGUUACAGAGAGCGAGUCCAACUCAUCAUGGGGCUGCGGGCACAGCUGGUUCUGGAGUUGUGUCGCACAGAUCACCUAGCUGACCCCGACACCAUCCAGCCACACCUGAACAGGCUUAGAUCCUGUGUCAUCACUCAUAGGGAAAAGGAGAUUCCUGAUCCAGAGGUGGAGGCAUCAGAAUCCAACUUCCUGAAGCUGAUUCAAAGCCUGCUAGAAGACCCAAUUGAGAGAGAACACUUCUUCCAGAAUGUUUAUUCAGAGGAAUUCGGCCUCAAGUAUGACUCCGCACUGCAGAGUCUGGUGUGGGAGUUCCUGUCUAGGCUGGAGAAGUUACUUCCAACACCAACCCUUCAACAGACUGCAUCUUGGUUUCUUCCUGACCCUUCUAUCCUGGAGGACUGUGUGCAGUUUGUGUGUCACCCCGAGCCUUUGAAGACCCUACUCCAGUACCAAAACAACACAUAUGAAUAUGUGGACACCAACGCUCAAUCUUCGGUCGACUACAUCCUCUCAUCGCUGUCGCUCUCUCCACUAAAGACAGUUGUGAUCUUUCCAGAUCAAACUGACCCAGAGAUCAAAUCAGAACCCAUGGAGGAACCUUUGCCAUAUGAACAUAUGAACAUUCAAAGCCCAGCCUCAUCUGACAACGAUUCAGAAAUGCUUCCUUUGUUGGAGUCAGAUUACGUGAAGAGCGUAGAAGGGGUGCAUUCAGACGGACAUUUGAAUGUUGAGAUUUUGUCUUUACAAAUUCAAGGUUCAGAAGAGGUGUGUAUACACAAGGAAACUACUGAGGGAGACCUUAAACACGAGACAGUUGACAAAGAGUUAGCAAGAGAGAGAGAACUAGAUGGAGCUUUUCACCAACCUCAAACUGACAGUGGGCUAUCAAUACAAAAACCUCACAGCAUCCAACAGAAAGUGCAGGACAGUUCUAGUUUGUCAACUUCCUGUCUGCUCCGUCAGCCCACGGUGCUGCUGCAGCGACUUGACAUGACUGAUAUGCCGUUACUUGUGUCAUCUCCAACAUUGAGUCCAACAUUGAGGAGAAAGAGGCUUCAAAUGAAAAAAGGGCGAUCCCAAGGACAGAGAGCAGGAUGGGUCAUAUCUCCAGAAAGUAAGAGGAAUGCCAAUGGACAGCCACCACCAGAGACUGAACAAGACAGUGUAACCUCAGACGAUGAUGCUUCCAAGAAAAGGAAAGCUGGUAGAGGCCUAGAGGAAGAGACACUGCACCACCACGUCAAGGACAUUCACUCAGAGGAGUGCAGUGGACAGAACAGAGAACCUUUUGACAGUAUGCCUCAGUAUUCUUUGGCCCCUGACCUAUCCCAUGUAAUUGGGCAGUCUACUAGAAGCAAGCGGGUCAAAAUGUGCUCCUUUUGUAGGAAGACCUUCAUUGGAGCAAAGGAUUUGACGGCACACAUGAGAUCUCAUACUGAGCAGAGUCCUUACCAGUGUACCCAGUGUUUGCAAGGCUUUGAACAUCAUGAGGACUUACACAAACAUCAACAGAUUAGGUGUGAGGUGGCAACUCAACCAGAAGAGGACAACAUGUCUACGGCAUCUUUUGAAGAGGAUAACAUGUCUGCAACAUCUUUUGAGGAUGGGAUCGAGACAUCCCAGCCCAAUGGCACUUCGCCCCUGAGCCCAACAACUUCUAACGUUCGUCCCAAUCCAAAAGAGUUUUCCAAAGCCAGAACUUGCCAUGUGUGUCAGGAAACUUUCCAAAGUUCAUAUUUAAUGAGAAAGCACCUGAAUUCCAAACACGAUCAGCUCCCUUACCAGUGCUGCGACUGUGGAGAACAUUUCAAGAGGAAGUUUCAUUUAAAGGAACAUAAGAAAUUGUGCUUGGCGGCGAGCUCAACAACUUCCAACAUUUGUCCCACUCCAGAUCAGUCUUCCAAAGCCAGAAAUUGCAGUUUGUGUAACAAGACUUUUGACAGUGCAUAUUUAAUGAGAAAGCACCUCAAAUCCAAACAUGAUCAACUCCCUUACCAGUGCCCGGGCUGUGGAGGAAAUUUCCAAAGGAAUUUUCAUUUGAAGGAGCAUAAAAAAGAGUGCUUGGUGGUCAAGAGUCUCCUCUCUUGCUCUCUGUGUGACAAAACUUUCAUUGAAGCAAGCAAUUUGACAAAACACAUGAGAUCUCACACUUACCAGUGCACCAAGUGUUUGCAAAGCUUUGAACGUCAGGAAGACUUACAGAAACAUCUGCAGAAUGUGUUUGAAGAGCCAGCUCAAUUUGAAGAGGACAACACGUCGAUGCCAUCUUUUGAGGAUGGGACAGAGACAUCCCAGCCCGACGACACUUCCAAUGUCCUUCCCACUCGAAAGGAGUCUUCCAGAGCCAGAACGUGCCGUUUGUGUCACAAAACUUUUGACACUAUACAUUUCAUGAAAAAGCACCUGAAUUCCAAACAUGCUCAGCUCCCUUACCAAUGCCUCCACUGUGGAGAAAACUUCAGGAAGAAGUUUAAUUUGAAAGAACAUCAGAAAGAGUGCCAUAAACCCACUCCAACACAGUUGUCCAAGGCCAGAACAUGCCGUGUGUGUCACAAGACUUUUGUUAGUGUACAUUUAAUGAGAAAGCACCUCAAAUCCAAACAUGAUCUGCUCCCUUACCAGUGUCUCGGCUGUGGAGACCAUUUCUACAAAAAUUCUCACUUGCUGAAACAUGAAAAAGUUUGCUCAGCGGCAAAGAGGCUUCUCACUUGUUGUGAGUGUGGUAAGACUUUUAAGCUCUCUCAGCUUAAGUGGUAUAACCAGGUGAACCAACAGCAGGCACCUAGGGGGGGUCACCAAGAGACCAACAUGACUCUAAUAGUGGAAAAUGGGAUGGAGAUACCCCAGUCCUUCAACACAACACCCCAGAACCCAACAACCUCCAAUGCUCUCACAAUUCAAGGGCAAUCCUCCACAAUAGCCAACCAUUAUGAAACAUGUCUUUUGUGUAAUGAAACGUUUGAAAAUGGAGAGAAUCUGAGAAAACAUAUGAAAUUCCAACAUGAUGUACGUACGUACGUGUGCCUUGUUUGCGGGGAGACAUUCCAAAGCAAAUCUGAACUACAGAAACAUUCUGACAUUCAUUUGGGCUCCAGAAAGUGUCCUUUGUGUGUUAAGAAUACUUCUGAAUCAACGCUGCAGCACGUUCAGAGACAACAGCAAGACUCGAGGGUGUCAAGUGAGGGAGUCAACCCAAACCAGCACCAAAGGGAUGUUGAUCCAGCAGAUGGCAGCAGCUCGCUGGCACCAAGGGAACAUGAGACAAAUAUCCCCCAGCCUUCAACCUAUCUAUGUGAUACAUGUGGUAAAGACUUCCCAUCUCUGUGCCGAUUGAAAAGACAUUUGCAAGUACAUACAGGAGAGCAGCCUUUUCCUUGCACGGAUUGUGGCAAAUGUUUUACUUGCAAGGGUAGUCUGAAAAUCCAUCAACGCCUUCAUACAGGAGAGCGGCCAUUUGCGUGCACUUUGUGCCAACAACGCUUUAUCACAAAUAAACACCUAAAAAGACAUGUGUUUACUCACACAAGGGAAAAGCCUUUUCAGUGUUCAGCUUGUGGGAAAACCUUCAAAACGAAACAAGGCUGGAGCAGACAUCAACAAUUUAGGCGUUGUUACCUGGAAAAACAUACUAGAGCAAGUUUUCUAGGGAAUCAGAAGGACUUACAAAAACAUCAGCAGAUUGGGCGCGAGGAGGCAGCUCAACCAGGAGAGGAUAACCUGUCUACAACAUCUUUUGAGUAUAAGACAUCCCAGGCCCAUGGCACUUCAACCCAGAGCCCAGACACUUCUAAUGUUCGUCCUACCCCAAGACAGUCCUCCAAAGCCAGGACGUGCCACGUGUGUCAUGAAAUCUUCCAUAGUGCAUAUUUAAUGAGAAAGCACCUGAAUUCCAAACAUGACCAGCUCCCUUACCAGUGCCUCGACUGUGGAGAACAUUUCAAGAGGAAGUUCAAUUUGAGGGAACACAAGGCAAAGUGUCAUUUUACGCCUUCCUCCAAAGCCAGAAAAUGCUGUUUGUGUAACAAGACUUUCAACAGUCCAUAUUUAGUGAGAAAGCACCUCAAGUCCCAACAUGAUCAACUCCCUUACCAGUGCCGCGACUGUGGAUUUUUUUUUUAAGCUGAAGUUUAAUAUGAAGAAGCAUAAGAAAAAAUGCCCCACUCUGAAAAGACAUUAGCGAGUACACGCUGGAGAGCAGAAUCCUUGCACGGAUUGUAGCAAACACUUUCCUUUGAAGGGUAGUUUGAAAACCCACCAACUCCUUCAUACAGAAGAGCAGCCAUUUGCGUGCACUUUGUGCCAAGAACGCUUUAUCACGAAUAAACAGCUACAAGGACAUAUGUUUACUCACUCAAAGGAGAAGCCUUUUCAGUAUUAAGCUUGUGGGAAGGAAGACUUUCAAAACAUGGUUGGAGCAGACAUCAACAAUUUAGGCAUGGUCAGCUGAAAAAAAAUAUAUACGAGAACAAGUUUGCUUGAAGAUUGAGUAAUUGUAAUUCCCGACCUUCACCAUUUCACUUGUGAUUUUGGUUCUUAUUUUAUUCUCUUUGAAUAGAGACAUGUUUGGUUUAUACAAACAAACGUCACCUUUGAGUGAUGCACACGCAUUCUCGUGUUAAAAAAAAGCCCUCUAGCAGAAUAUUUACACGCAGAUGUCGGGACCUUGACAAACUUAAUAGUAAUGACUAUGAAAACACAAGACUGGUGGCUGUAACUAUGUUCAAGGAGAGUAUUAUUCUUCUGGCUUUUAUCAAGCUCUAUUUGUGAUAUUUGACCUUGCUGGCUUGGUAGCUUGCUAGGUAGUUCAUCCUCGGAAGACAUCUGUGACGUUGUAGACGAUAACCAUCGGACUACAUGUUUGUUAACUUGCAUAAGCUGCAUCUGAAGUUGGAUGUUGUUGUAUUGUCAAUCCCCGAUCUGAGGAAGAACUGCGCACUGCAACUUCACGACCCGGCCGGGAAAUGGGUCUAUUACCUAUGUUCAGGAAUGUCCCCCAGAGCUGUUGCCAGAGAAUUUAAUGUUCAUUUCUCUACCAUAAGCUGCUUCCAAAGUCGUUUUAGAGAAUUAGGCAGUACGUCCAACCGGCCUCGUAACCGCAGACCAUGUGUAACCACGCCAGCCCAGGACCUCCACAUCCGGCUUCUUCACCUGCGGGAUCGUCUGAGACCAGCCACCCGGACAGCUGAUGAAACUUUGGGUUUGCACAACCGAAGGAUUUCUGCACAAACUGUGGUGCUUAUCGUCCUCACCAGGGUCUUGACAUGACUGCAGUUUGGCGUCGGAACCGAAUUCAGUGGGCAAAUGCUCACCAUUAAUUCGCUGCACGCUGUGCUCUUCACGGAUGAAUCCCUGUUUCAACCGUAAUGAUGGCAGAUGGCAGACCCACGUGUAUGACGUCAUGUGGGCGAGCAGUUUCCUGAUGUCAUCAUUGUGAACAGUGUGCCCCAUGUUGCUGGUGGGGUUAUGGUAUGGGCAGGCAUAAACUACAGACAACAAACACAACUGCAUUUUAUCGAUGGCAAUUUGAAUGCACAGAGUUGAUACCGUGACAAGAUCCUGAGGCCAAUUGUCGUGCCAGUCAUCCGCCGCCAUCACCUAAUUUUUCAGCAUGGUAAUGCACAGCCCCAUUGUCGCAAGGAUCUGUACACACUUCCUGGAAUCUAAAAAUGUUGCAGCUCUUCCAUGGCCUGCAUACUCACCAGACAUGUCACCCAUUGAGCAUGUUUGGGAUGCUCGAGAGAGACGUGUACGACAGCGUGUUCCAGUGUCGGCCAAUAUCUAGCAUACCCAUUUAAGAGGAGUGGGACAACAUUCCACAGGCCACAAACAACAGCCUGAUCGACUCUAUGCGAAGGAAAUGUGUUGCGCUGCAUGAGGCAAAUAGUGGUCACACCAGGCACUGACUCGUUUUCUGAUCCACGCCCCUAUCUUUUUAUUUUAUUAUUAAGGUAUUUGUUAUCAUCAGAUGCAUAUCUAUAUGCCCAGUUAUGUGAAAUCCAUCAUUUCGGGCCUAAUGAAUUUAUUUCAAUUGACUGAUUUCUUUACAUGAACUGUAGUAAAAUCUUUGAAAUUG